AUGGCAUUGCCACCCAACGAGUCUUGGACACUUUCAUCUUACCUCGACUUCGACGAGGAUGUGGACUAUGCACCGAAUCCGUUCGUUGAACGUGGUGAUACCACCGCGCCAGUGGCGAAGCAUCAUACAACAGAUGCAGGUGAGAACACCAUCACGAACCCGCUCGACGAGCAACAGGAGCUGAUCCGUCAGAGUGAGGAGCGUGCUCUACGUCGCACUCAUACCCAGGCGGGCGUGCCCAUCUUGUUGUUCGCUGGCGAGCUGCCCGAGGAGGAAGACAAUGAGUUCAUCCGUUGGGUGUACCGCAAGCGGCGUCUUAGCAGUGUGCCAACGCUGCGGGACAGCGCCGAUGUGGCUGACGUUCGUCUGGAACGGAAGCAGCGGUUCGAUUAUGCCAAGCUCAAGGCCAGAGGCCAGUUGCGUACACGUACGCGUUAUGCUCCGGCUACAAUGGUAGCCACGGGUCUCGACCCUGAUGUGCGGAGCAACACGCCACCUCCCACCACUAUUGGUAAGAAGUAUUCUCGCUCGCAAGGCGACCCAGGCCACGAUGUUAAAAAACCUUUACGGCGUAAGGGCAGUCCUGCCGAAGGGGUAUCUCAUACUCCCACGAGUUCUCCGACUCCGGGUACCCUCGCCACUUUACCAGAUACUGGUAUUGGCCACGACGACGAAGUCGCUAAAGGAGUCGCUCCAUAUGGAACUGGUAGUUCCCUUGCUUAUCGAGCAGAGUCGGUGGUAGUCGGGGUACCGAAGGAGGAGCAUGAGAAGGUGCUCCGUGAGCUGAGUGGUCUCCAAGAGACAUUGGGUAAGACCCAGAGUGCGCUCGACGCGAUGCAAGCCCGUGUUCAAACAUUGGAGUUGGCCUUAGCCCGUGUAGAUGGUCGGCUUGACCUCCUAGUUCGGAUGCAACAGCCGAACGCAAGGCCCUAUUACCCGGCGCAAGCGCCUCCAAGUUCACAUGAGACGGAUCCCGAUACGGCGUAA